CUCACCUGGUGCGGUUUCUUCGUCGCGAUCGCCUUUCAACCCGAUCGCGCGCGGUGGCUCUCGCGGUGAUCGCGGUUCGGUGGCUCCAUCCAUCGCCAGCCAGCAUUCGUUCGUAGACCGUCGCUACGGUGAGAUCUUGUGUGGUGUCGUCGAUCGAUCGACGUUUGAGUUUGCAAACCGCGACUUCGAAGAGAAAGGCCAGUGCCUUGUUGUCCGUGCGUCCGUCGUCCAUCCGAAGCUGGCGCAGGCGAAAGCAAGAACAGUAGCAGCAGCAGCAGCAGCAACUAGCAGUGCGCGUGAACGUGUGUGAGUGUGGGUACGCGUGAGCAACGGGUUCGUCGCUAUCGAUCGCGGUGGCCGCGCAGUGCGUUGAAGUUCCCGUUUCUUUUUUCCAGUACGGCGGUCGUCGGGGAAAUUUCUUUUUGCCUCCCGGGGUUUGGGUUUAACGAUCCGGUUGUACGUUGGUGUGCGUGCGCUUCCCGAACCGACUUUUACUUGCGUACAGGAAUUGCGUGUGGCUGUUUUUUUGGGGCUUAUCGCGUUUCGCCUGGAUGAUUUUUUACGUGGUUUUGGCUGUGUAGAACCUAGGGAAGUGAAACAAUUAGCACUUGAUUUUUUGCGUAUUUGGAAGAUUUUGGUGAACUACUGCGGAGAGGGCGUUACACAUAUGUUUGAACGACGUGAAGUGCGUGCUAACGAAAAGAAGAGUUUAGACGGCUGAAUGUUGGAGUUUGGAGAAGCGAAAUCAAUUGGGAUUCAGGUGGCGUUCGAUGAAAUGGGAUAUUGUUAGUGAGCAGUUCUACUUUCGACGGUAUUCACCAACGACUACGUGCUUUUCAUGUGUGGAUUAGAAACACCUCAAUAUCGUUGAAAGGUGCAACCGCAUAUCUUUGGAAGAGAUCAGCCGAAGAAAGUGUGUUUGAUCGUGUUCUGGUUAGUUAAAAUAACACAAUUGAUUGUCGUCAGCACAAAGGAAAAGAGAGAGGGAGACCAAUUUUCCCCGUGGAGUGUAAAUGAAGUUGGAAGUGAAACUAGUUACAAGGUGUAAGUGCCCGAACGGUAAUUGAAAGAUCUUGAAACCGAACCGAACCCAGAGAGAAGAACCUAUUGGUGUCAGGAUUGGUUACGCUCUGUCAGCAUCCACCGGAACGCGCCAUCGCCGUCGAAGCCACCCCGGAACUAAUCCGCUCCGUUUCGGAAGACAAACAACCCCCUCGGCUCCGGAACAAAGUGUCGGUAUCUCUCUUUUCCUAACGGAUUGGGGUCCACCGGAUCAAGCGGUGGAUAUAACCGAAGCAAAGCUGUGUAGUUGACAUAACCCAUUUUCUCCGUCUAUGCACAAAAGUGUUGCAAAUGAUAGUUAAGCCCAAACAAGAUUGAAGUGAAGUGAGUGUCUGUGUGAGCAGCAGAGCUGUGCUAUAUGUGCAUCGAGAAAAAAGCAGCAAAAAUUGCGCCAACCCCUAAGAGGAUUAAGGCUUGAAUCAACACACCUUGGACGACGACCCAUAGGAAAACCGGAGAGGAAAGUGGAGCGGAAAAUCCUUUAACCGAACCGUGGAGAACCCAAUAUCAGUCAGUUUUUUCAUCCUACUUUCUGUGAAAACUUCGACCUACGGAGAAGAAAAAAGUGUGCAGUGUGACUAAAACGAGAAAACGACUGAGGUUGACUGCUGCUCAGGCUGUCGUCGCCCUUUGUCCAAUUCAAAGUGCUUCAAAGUGAAAUGCCAAGAAUGUUUUCAAGAGGGUGAAAUAUUUUACAGUUGGGUCGAAUCUUGGGGCAGGUUCAAUUGGAGUGAUUUUAUUGGAAACAAAGAAGGAGUUUGAUUAUUGGGAAAAACGAGUGAAUCGGUGAUUGUGAUAGAAACCUCUCAGAAAAGUUGCUGAAAUUUCGUGGAUUGCUGUUUUCAUCGUCGUGUUGGAUUUAUCUAUUGAUUCUGUGGUUUGAAUCGUGAUUAUAAGCACAUUGGUAAUCGAAGUACCGCGACGCGACGGAGGCAACAACGACAACGGACGACCUCGAUGAUUGGUGCACGUUCCGAACAGUAGCAGCAGCCCCGUUAAUGGGAUAAAAGAGUGUUUCGUGGAACCAGUCCGUGGCAGCUGCAAGAGGGAACGGUCAAGCGAGUCGAAUAAAGAAUGAAUCCGUUCGAUGGCGAAAGUUAGCCAUCUCCCAAUGAGACGCUAUCCGACAACAACGACGGACCAAUCGACGAAUCCGACCGCCAAACUGCCUCCAACGACCCCGACGUCCGCGGUGACGACUCCAACCAAUGUAGACACCACCGUCAACUUCUAUCCUCCAGCCAACUACGGGACUAGUCAACGGAACACCACCGACAAAUCCAAGCGGACAUGGGGCCAACGUCUUAAGCUAACCAAGCCGUUCAGCGAAAAGAUCAGCAGUUCUGCCUCCCAAAUCAGCACCAGCUCGUCCAACCAAACCUCUCCGUCCAAACUAUCCGCCCAGUCAUCUUCAUCUUCCUCGUCCUCCUCGACCAUCACCCUCGAGGUACUAGACUAUUCGGAAAUCCAACAAAAGCACAUCCAACAGCAGCAACAAGGCCGCUUCCACCCUGCCACCGCCAAUGUCCCUUCCCCGCUAGCACUGGCAACGCACUCGAUGAAGUAUGCCGAAUCGACCUGGAUGUACGGCACGAUGCGUGGAAUGCCGCCGCCUAUGGCGGUCGGAAUGCCACCGAUGCCGCAUCCCGGGUACCCUAUGUCACACCAUCAGCCGGGCGCGCCACCGGCGAUGGUUCACCCCAUGUUCUGUCCGAUGCCCGGCCCGGGACCAGAGGUAGCAGUGGUUAUCUGCUGCUGUCCGGAGUACCUGAAUGGAACCAAACGGGACGUCAAGAAGGCGAGCGUCUGCAAGAAGUGCAAGGGGUCGAGGCUUCCGUUGGCCCCGAUCGGAGGCACGAUGAGGCUGACCUCGGGGGCUACGUUUUUGGCGCCUCCUGUGAGAGCCGGAGGAACGCUGAAGCUGGCGUCUACCUACGGGAAGAAGUCGAGGCCUUCGAUAUUGGGCAGUGCGGGUGAUCCGUACGACUUUAUGCGGAGAUCGAGACUGAGCCAGCCGGAGCAAGCAAGCAAAUCUGUGAAGACUAGCAUUAAGGAGAAGUUGAGGGGACGAGCCAAAAGUACGAGUCCAUCGAAGGGGCGAAGUAGAGUGGAUAAGAGAGCUGUGUCUCCGACUGGGAGUAAAAGUAGUGGAACGAGGAGCUUGAGUGCAAGUAGGGGUGGUAAGGAUAAGGGAUUCAAGGACUGCUGGGUGGAACCUGAGGAGAUUCCCUUGGUUGAUUCGGAAGAUCCUGGAGCAGCCCGACGAUCAAUUCUGCGUUGUGAUAUUAAUCCGUAUGACCUGAUUUCGCUGAGUAGCGGGUUGAACAACGAAUUCUCGCCGACGAACGGUUCGGAAGACUACGACUUGUCGGAACAUUCGCAGAAGUACGAAAAUCUACUGGAUACCUUGUACGCUAAUCGGUACAAUCCGGCCAUCAAUAAUAUAACAGCAAUAUCGGGCCAAAGAAUCAAACUGUUUGAUGGUGAUGCAGGACCACCUGUCUACGACGACGUGGACGAGUACGUAUACGACCCAGUAGAGGUUCAACCCGAUCCAAAUCAAGAGAACCGGGUUGACGUCAUUCCGGAGCGACCUCCAAGAACCAAGCAUAAACACGAUUCUUCGCCCAAAGAUGAUGACCUCAAGUCCCUGCCUUCCCAGAUCUCGUCCGAAGUGACACAAAGUGCAAUCAAAUCGAUCCUGAAGCGGCCGGGAUCGGCCGUCAGUGCUCCAGCGGGUCCACCGGACAAACCCAGCUACGAUACCAUCCGUCUGAAUCAGACGCUAGUGCAGCGUCUUGCCAAGCUGACUUCGGACGAGAAUGUGUUCACAAAAACCGGCUCCGUUAGUGCCAGAAGCGCGAAGACUGCACCCAGUAAGGACGCCAAACGAAACUCGGCGUCGCAGUUCUACUUGCCAACUCCGAUGAACGGAGGAGGGUCCGUAGCCUUGGGGUCACGCAAGAAGGUCCAUUUUUUAGUCGAAAAUGAAGUGAUUGAUGACGACAAGUUCUUUGCGCAGCUACUACUGUCAGAGACUGGGAACGGUCGGCUGGGGCAAGAGCCGACUAAGACCAUAGUGGAGGUGGACCCAGAUAAUGAGGCGGAUAAGGCGACCAUCGUUGCGUCGGCUAGGGACGAAACGAGCGAAUCUGUGAUCAAGAGCUUAGUGAACCAUUUGGAUAGUUUGCGGUAUCAACAGCGUCAACAGCAAGAUAAUGUCGUAAGUCCGAAUGAUUCUAUGCAAGAAAACGCGCGACAGGAGGGUUCCUGCAACGGGAAACAAGAACAAAACGGCGAAGGAGUAAAAUCCGAUAAUGGAGCUGUAAAUGGACCCCUUGUCAACGGAUCAGGCCGCGACGGUAAUUCCGACGGAGACCUGUCACCAUGGAGUGUUCGUCGCCGAACCGGACCGCUUCGGCGCAGCUUCAGCGAACGCACCUCUCCUCCCCGCGUAACCUCCUUCAACGGUACCGGCGAUCUACAGCAGCGCUCAAAGUCCAGUUUUCUCGACACGAUGGCACUGCGAGGAAAGCAGACUCGAGCGGACGCCAGAGCUGCCUUCGACGAAGAAACCCUAUCUUCAUCAUCGUACAGCUCGUCUACCGGGAGCUCAAGCGGUACGCUAACCAAUGGAAGGAUGCGACCACGAGUCCCUCCGCCACCACCGCCUCCAGCCAGUUCAACCGGGUCGUCCUCACCGGAUCAGCAAUCGAUCAGCAGCAGUGAAACCGAAACGGCCACAAAAAACGGAAUCAAGCCGCCCUCCGAUCAAGAUGACUCCAACGUGUACGAGGAUUUUUGCUUUGACCUGAGCUCCGGAUCGGAACGAAGCAGCGGCCGAAGCUCAACCGCCUCGAGGACCGUAGUUCAGGUUUCAACCCCUGUCCUGACCAUCUUCAGUAAGGAUGCCGUCCAUCGACUGGAGAUUCGCCAUGAGGACGAAGACAGCAGCUACGAAUCAAUGGGCCAGAAGAAGACAUCGAUCAUGAUCACCGGCGACGAUUGCUACUCCACGGUCAACGUGGAUGACGACAACGAGACUCCUCUGUAUCAAUCAUCCGUAGUCGUUAACGACGUUUUCUUAUCUCCUGGAAUCCUCCAAACUUCAUUCAACACCGUCACGAUCAGCGUCAACUCGCCGACAUCCACCCUCCAACAUCCUCGCAACAAGCGAUCCGAUCAGGACGAGCUGAUCUCCAUCAACAACCAAAAGAACACCUUUCUCAACGGCUCUAACUCAACCUCGAUCAUCCCCAUCGGAGGAUCUACGUCCGUCACGGUAAUGACCCCACCAGACACCUCCGAGCCAACAACUCCCCCAAAAUCCACCGGCAAAACUCUCAUCAGCUUGGACUUUGAUCGCAAACUUUCCAGCUUGCGUGACUCCGCCACCGGACCGGAAAGCUCCGUCGAUGAAGAACCAGAUCAGCCUUCAUCCCCAUCGACCCCAUCAACCACCGCGAAAGACACGAUUUCGAUAGUUCCUAACGAAGAAAAUUCCAAAGAUAGUAGUGAUAGUUUCGAGAUGCUCCUGCGUAACCCGGUCGAGGCGGUCAAGCGCAAUCUGGUUCCGCAUUUUUGCGGUAAGGUCAAGGAACUGGCGGGCGGUGAAGUUGUUUCCGGUGAAGUAGUCAGCCCGGUUGUCAUUCGCCGGCAGAAGAACCCCGAUGGCCAUUCGAAGGUUCAGCGGAAUAGUUUUAUAGCGAAACUGUUGGAAGAUCCGAUGUUGGGUCACUUGGCCGAGGGGUUGGAUUACGAUCUGGUGGCGAAGCUGAUCGAGAACUCGUUGCUGAGAUUGAAGGAAAGUCGCAAUCAGCUAGACAUGAGUGGAACCAAAGACCAGGAUGACGUUUCGAAGAUGAUCGAGGAGUCGUUGAUGAUGAUACAGGAGGAACGAAGCAAGCUGGAGGCCAAGAAGGUGGAGAAGGACAGUAAGAGGAGUAGUAUCAGUUCGGGCAAUAGCUACGGAUCUGCGGCUUACGAGCUGAUGGAGUUUGAUGCAACUGGUGAUUUGAGUGAUUGUUAUCAAAGCUGUUCGAGUGAUCUGACUGUGGAUGAUGAUACGAAUUCUUCUAGGAGUAAGUUCUACCAGAUGCUGGUGGACGCAACGCUUAGCGAGAUCGAGAUUAGCACGGCGAAUGAUGACGAUCAUCACUAUGAAUCCAUAAGGUUGAACAGUGAUCCUAUCUAUGAGGAGAUCAGUGAUAUUCCGCCUCCCCUUCCGUUGACUGCUCCGCCGAUGGUCGACGACAUCGACCGCGAAAAGCGGAAUGCUCGAUCGAUCUUCGAGGGGGCAUCCAAGUAUGACAUCCUUUCGUACUUGGUCGAUGCUAAGGAGCGUGGAAUCGCUCAGGAGGAAGCGUACAGCUUCCAAUUCGGUAACGCCAGUGACAUCAUCUUGGAAGAAGAAGAAGACGAAAGCAUCACAGAUCUACGUCAUCACCAACGGCAGAUCUCCGAUAUCAGCAGUCGUCUAUCCCACGUGUCCAACAUCAGCGACUCCAGUGAAGACACCUCCCUCCUGUCGGCAAAUCUCGCUCAGCGGAAAGCUUCCGAGAUUGAGCGUAACGACUCCGGAGUGGGAUCGGAAACCAGCAAGACUUCUCGCAGCAAGUGGCAGAAUCCUUCAUCCUCCUUGAUGGACAAGAUCAGCCCGAUCCACCUGUGCGAGGACUGCGACGGACCGGUAGAAACUCAAAUCACCGAAUCCGGCGUGAUGUACGCUCCGCUGGUUUGCCGAAAGUGCGGUAAGAAGCGAGCCGAACGCAAGGAGAUCAUCACCGAAAUCGUCGAAACGGAGGAAAAGUACGGCCGCGAUCUGCAGAUCAUCCUGGAGGAGUUCUACCAGCCGAUGCUGGUGGCCGGGCUGCUGAACCAAGACCAACUCUCUGCAAUCUUUUUGAACGUGGAAGAAUUGCUCGAGAACAAUCAAUUUCUGGCGGAGCGGAUGCGGGACGCGCUGGACAUUGCCACGGAACAGGGUGACGAAGAUCUGCUGACGGUGAACGUGGGGAAGGUGUUUUUGGAGGCGGCUCCGAUGCUGCACGCUUUUGAGAGCUAUUGUGUGAGGCAGGGUGGAGCUAGUUUACUGCUGGCGAACCUGGAGAAGGAGAAGGAGCUGCUGAGGAUUUUCUUGAGGGUGUCCCAGAUGGAGAACGCUGUUCUGAGACGGAUGAACUUGAACUCGUUCUUGAUGGUCCCAGUGCAACGAGUGACAAAGUACCCUCUCUUGCUUGCCCGGCUGUAUAAGGUUACUCCAACACACCUGGAAGGCAAGGAACAGCUCAAACAGGCGCAAGAAAAGAUUGAACUUCAUCUGAAUCACAUGAAUCGAGAAGCGAAGGACGUCCCAACGAAACUGUGGCGACGGAUCUCGUCCUCAAAUCCGGGUGGACGGAGGUUAUCUUGUGAGCUGGAUAUGAUCAACAUCAAGCUGCGAAAGAUGGCAAUAGAUGUGCUGGAGUGGAACACGGAAGAGGUUCGAUUCGCCAUUGAGGGAAGGCUGUUGUUUACGCAACCGAACGAUGGCAAUUGGAAGAAGAGUCGAACCAUCAAGCUGACCUCGAUCAAUGCCCUGCUGGUGACCAAUGGAAAGCCAAGUUCCAGCUACAAACCGGAUCGAGCCUCGUCCGAGCUACUCAACUUCCCGCGCCACACCGGCAUCCGGGAAGCAUCUCUGCUGCUGGUCCGCGAAAAGAACGGCCGCUACACUCUACUGCGGGAGCCCCUCUACCUGGACCGGUGCGUCGUUUGCACCGAAAACGACUGGGAGGAUUACUUCGAAGUACAGGAGAUUCUCUCCAAGGAAUCGUUCAUCUUUAAGGCAGAAGACGGUACCAAAACCAAGCAGUGGUACAGCCAGCUGCAGUACCAUUCCCAGGGCAUGGGAACCUGGCGAAAGCGUCGAAAUGCACUGGCAAACAUCAUGAUUAAUGGAAUGAUGACACGAACGUAGUAAGAGCGACCGAGACAUCGGUGGGUCUCUGAAGGAACGACCGUACCCUACUCCAUGCAAAGCAUUUUCGAAGGAAGUCCACGUUCGGACGCACCGCGGCGUCCGGCGACGCAACAUUGGAAUAAUCCUCCCCAGCUGGAAAAAAAAACACAAGAGGGGAUAACGUACGGAACGAUGCUAAUAAAUUUCUUCCUUUCAUGUCGGUUUUUCUCCCGGUAUCUAUCCGGCAGGUUUUUAACACUUUGUGUUUGUAUGUAGCAAAUGCCUGCCCAUUGUGUUUAGACUCGAUAGUUGUUAGUACUGCCUGUCGUUAGGUUUUGUUGCUUUUGACUCUUUGCUUGCAAUGUUUUCUCAGCGCGUUUUUUUACUUACUUUUAUUUUCUUUGUAGAUUUUAUAACCUGUAUUUAUGAUCGUUUAAAAUUUAACUAGGGAGUUGAUUAGGGGUGGGCUCGUCGAUGAAAAUUCAAACUGUGUACAGAAAGCGUUAAAGUUAUUUUAGGAUCCAAAUCAAAGGAGCAAGCAACAAUAUUUAUUUAAAAGAAGUCUCCUGCUAAAGAGUAAUGAAAAUCUAUAAUUGAGGUAUCCGAAAUUCGACUAGAUUAGAGAGCGAUAAUUAGUGAGUAGUAUUUAAAUUAUGAUUCCCAAUGUUUUAAUACGCUGUUUUUUUCUCAAAAUUUUCAUGAGCCGUUUUCGUUGCAUUCGCAUUAUUAUUUUAUCUAGCAAUUUUCAGACAAAUUAUCGAACUCCACUCGCUUAGAAAGCAAUUGAAGGUCUGCCGACGAGAUAUGUGAAAUAUUUGCCCCAUAAACAAGAACUAGGUUUUAACCAAGUGCAAAUCUUAUCUAACAAAAGAAAUCAAAAUCGCGAAAACUUAGGUUUUACUAGAAGCUCUAACAAUAAUGAAUUGCAAUAGUUAUAUGUGUAAUAAAUUUAUCGGAAAUCAAAUAAAACUUAUGAAAAUGUGUAAAAAAACCUUGUACAGUUGAAUUCUUCGAAAUGUCCACCAUUACAACAAACGGUUUUAUCAGUACUUUCACAGAUCAGCUGCAUCGAUUAUCCUUUAAUGAUAGCUUCUUCAGAGCAUCAGUAGUUUUUAUUGAUUUUAUUAUAAUUCCUCAUGGGCGUAGCCAGGGAAGGGCAGUGGUUAGGGGGCAUGCCCCCCUCCUGGUCGCCAGUUCAUCUAAGAAAUCCUUCAAUAAUGCGUCCAGAAAUGACUGCAGACAUGAAUUUCUUCAUAUAUAUUUUUCCACGGACUCCUUCAGAAUGUCUUCUUAAAAUUCGAUCAAAAAUCUUCCUAAGGAAUUCCUCACGA